UCCAAAAUGACCAAUUAGAAUCUAUUCUUAAAGAACCAAAUAUAAUUAAAGAGAUAGACCAAAGUAAUAUUUUUUGGGACGAGUUAGAAGAAAAACAAAAUUUGAAAGACGGUGAAAAAAAAUGGCUUCUGACAAAAUUCUACUUAACUUUUUUGCCCGAAGGAUUUUUCCUUUCUUCCUUACAAUUGGAACAUAUGUUUCCUAAAAAACCUGAUAAAGAGUGGUGA